UCAAAACAAGGAAGUAAACGGGGGCUUAACAAUUUGUUCAUCUACAUGCAUGGAGGCAAGGUGCUCUACAUUCUAAAGACUCACGUGAGGUGAUGAUGAAAAUGGCAGAUCAUCUUUAUAUUAUUUACAUCAUCAGCACACUGUUUGUUCCCAUAGUAAACUCAAAUCCGUGUGACCCUUGCCAGUCAACAAAUGUUAUUGAUCUCUCGGGUUGUAAUUUCUACACCUUAUCUGAGGCAAUUAACAAAUCAUGCAGUGCCGCCAGAAGUGCACAAACUCUGAAUUUAAACGGAAAUUUCAUCACAAACAUUUCGAGCAGUGACUUGAAAAUGCCGGAUAGCACUAGCUAUUUCUGGCAGCUCAGUACUAUUAAUAUAAGUAAUAAUUCAAUUCAUCAUAUCGCUGAAGACGCUUUCUCUGCAUUAUUCGUUCUGGAACAUUUAGACCUUUCGAACAAUAAGAUGAAAGAAAUAGACAAUGGGAUUUUGCAAAAUAAACCUGCAUUAAGGACUGUUGAUUUUUCGUACAAUCAUAUAGAUUUUAUUGGACCACAUGUGUUUACUACAUACCACUACGCUCUUAAGGAGGUUUACCUUACACAUAACAAACUUGUGUCCAUGGAACCGUGGCCAUAUAUACCACCAACUCUGAGAAAAUUUGAUGUUUCUUACAACCUCAUCGUAAACUUUACUAACAGAAUGAACUGGACAUACAACUUGGAAGAACCUUACCACGCAAGCGCAGAUCUACGCCACAACCAGUUUACACUUUGGGAUGAUGGCUUCUUUCAACAAUACAAUCUUAAAAGUAAAGAUUUUUACACCGACUUUGUAACAUAUAACGUAGACUUGCGAGAUAAUCCGUGGUUUUGUGACUGUAAACUUUAUAAUUUUUCAAGGAGAUACCAGAAUUCAUUCUUUAAACAUGCAGAUUCAAAUUUGAUCGAAGUUAAAUGCGAAAGUCCACCAAAUUUAAAAGGGAAAUCUUUUGUCGAGGAUGUUGAUUUGAGCGAUUUGAUUUGUAACGUCACCAAAGACUGCCCACAAAACUGUUUAUGUCAGGACAAGCCAGAUGAUAAUAUGUUUCAUGUCAAUUGUAAUAAUGGACGCCAUACAAGUUUACCAAAUCAAUUACCGGAAAACAGAUACAAAAGACUUAAAUUGGAAAUGAAUAAUAAUAAUGUCAAGACAUUAUCUAGUAGAAAUUAUACAUCUUUUGUCACUGAACUCUCCAUGUCCGGAAAUGGACUUCAGGUGGUUGAGAGUGGAGCGAUAGGAGAAAUGAAAGAUCUGAAAUAUUUGAAUCUGGAAAGCAAUCAAUUGCAGAGCAUUCCAGAAAACAUUCAGUAUCUCAUUCGAUAUGAAGAAACAGAAUUAAGUCAUAAUCCUUUCAAAUGUACAUGUGAUAUGGUUUGGAUGGCAGAAUGGAUUAAUUUUGCCCCCGAAGACAAUCCAAAUCGUGAUAUACAAUGUACUUAUGAAAAAGACGACGUUUACAAGAUUCGUGAAGUAACAGAAAGGUUGCUCAACUGCACGUAUGAUGUUGCUAUAGGACUGACAAUCGGCUUUGCAAUUUUGCUUACAUUAGUUAUUGUUGCAGUUAUCUGGGCUAAACGAUGUCCUUAUGAAACCAAAGUUAUCCUAUACAGGUUUUUUCGAUAUCAUCCAUGGGACAAGUACCGCGUGGAUAGAGAAUUGGUCGCAGAAUAUGACGCAUAUGUGUCAUUCGAUGACAAUAAUAUCCACAUUCGCCAGUGGGUGCUUCGAAAAUUUGUGAAACGACUUGAAGAAGAAAAACCCUGCUACAAGUUCUUUGUGCCCAUCAGAAACCUGAUUCCCGGGGAAGAUAAAGCAGACGGCAUCAUAAACAAUAUGGAGAAAAGCAAAAGAGUGAUAAUUAUUCUCUCCGACAAAUAUGACGAAAACGAGUGGUGUAAAUUCGAGUGCCAGAGAGCCGAAAUUCUGGAAUUGAACAAUGGAAGAAUCAUCUUCAUAAAAUAUCACCCGGAAGCCGAUGAUAUGAUAGAAAACGAACCUUGGAAGUCUCGAGUGAAAGGUCGGAAGGUGUUUUCCCCAGGGGAGAAGAAAAGUGAGCGCAGAUGGUUCUGGGGGAAAAUUAAAUACGAGUUACCUACACGAUAAAUUAAUAUCAUAAGUGCACUUUCAUUUUGUACAUAAAAAGCGGUUUCAUCAGUGUUUCACAUUAUACUCAUUGAAAUCCGUCCCAUUAAUACAAAAUGUUUCUGAUGCUAUAAAACACUGUUAAACAUGAUUUUAUUUUGUUGCCUUGUAUUUUAUGCACAGUGUUUUUUUGUAAGUCCUACAUGCUUUGAUACUUUAAGCGUAACUGCCAGUUUUCAUGUAUGAGAUACUUUUGAAUGAUGUUUCCUUUCAAAACGUUCUCAAGGCCAAGAUCUGGUCAAUAAGUUUUUAUAUUUAUUUUUUAAUGCUUAAACAUUUUAUGACGUCAUAAUUUAAACUAGCUUUUUUCCACACUUUAUUGUAGAUAAAGAUUUCAUGAUGGAUCAAAUUAUGUAGAAAUAUAGUAUUUCCAAGAAAUUUAAUAUCAGUUCUCGAAACGUGGAAGUACAUGUAGGUCCAAUAUCUUUGUUUAAUUUAAUUACUAUUUGAAACAGUGAGUCAGACUCAAUAUUGGAAGCCUGGAGGAAAAAAAUGUUAUUUCAGAUAUUAUUAAAGCUGAUUGACAUAAGUCUUUAACGCAAUUCUUAUUGAUGUAGAUAAAUGUUAUUUAUAUCCAGUUAUAAAAUAACGACCAUAUUUGACAAUGCAUGGCUCUGUAGCGUUUUUAGCUCACCUGAGCCGAAGGCUCAAGUGAGCUUUUCUGAUCAAAAUUUGUCCGUCGUCUGUCGUUGUCGUUGUCGUCGUCGUUGUCGUCGUCGUCGUUGUAAACUUUUCACAUUUUCAUCUUCUUCUCAAGAACCACUGGGCCAAUUUCAAACAAACUUGGCACAAAGUAUUCUUGGGUGAAGGGGAUUCAAGUUUGUUCAAAUGAAGGGCCACGCCCUUUUCCAAGGGGAGAUAAUCAUGAAUUUGUUAAAAAUUAAUGGCAUUUUUAAAAAAUCUUCUUCUCCAGAACCGCUGGGCCAGGAAAGAGGAAACUCAUGCGGAAGCAUCCUCAGGUAGUGUAGAUUCAAGUUUGCUCAAAUCACCCCCGGGGCAAGGGUGGGGCCAAAAUGGCCGACCCAAGUUUUACAUAGGAAUAUAUAGGAAAAAUCUUUAAAAAUCUUCUUCUCCAGUAC